GGGCCUGGGCGCGGCGGCCGGACUGUCUCGGCUGCGGCGGAGCGAGCACCGUGCGGCGCCACCAUGGGGGCCCAGCUGAGCACGUUGGGCCACGUGGUCCUCUCCCCAGUCUGGUUCCUCUACAACCUGCUCAUGAAGCUGUUCCAGCGCUCCACCCCGGCCAUCACCCUUGAGAGCCCGGACAUCAAGUACCCACUGCGGCUCAUCGACAAGGAGCUGAUCAGCCACGACACCCGGCGGUUCCGCUUCGCCCUGCCGUCGCCCCAGCACAUCCUGGGCCUCCCUGUCGGCCAGCACAUCUACCUCUCAGCUCGGAUUGAUGGAAACCUGGUCAUUCGGCCCUACACGCCUGUCUCCAGCGAUGAUGACAAGGGCUUUGUGGACCUGGUCAUCAAGAUUUACUUCAAAGACACCCAUCCCAAGUUCCCUGCUGGAGGGAAGAUGUCCCAGUACCUGGAAAGCAUGAAGAUUGGAGACACCAUUGAGUUCCGGGGCCCGAACGGGCUGCUGGUCUACCAGGGCAAAGGAAAGUUUGCCAUCCGUCCAGACAAGAAGUCCAACCCCGUCAUCAAGACGGUGAAGUCUGUCGGCAUGAUUGCAGGAGGGACUGGCAUCACCCCAAUGCUGCAGGUGAUCCGCGCCAUCAUGAAAGACCCACAUGACCCUACCGUGUGCCACCUCCUGUUUGCCAACCAGACUGAGAAGGACAUCCUGCUGCGGCCUGAGCUGGAGGAACUGAGGAACGAACAUUCUGCACGCUUCAAGCUCUGGUACACCGUGGACAAGGCCCCUGAAGCCUGGGACUACAGCCAGGGCUUCGUAAAUGAAGAGAUGAUCCGGGACCACCUCCCACCUCCAGAGGAGGAGCCGCUGAUACUGAUGUGUGGACCCCCGCCCAUGAUCCAGUACGCCUGCCUGCCUAACCUGGACCGCGUGGGCCACCCCAAGGAGCGCUGCUUCGCCUUCUGAGGGCCAGGCACUGGCUGCUCGCACGCGCCCGCCCCGCAUACUCACCGUGCCCUGUCCACACCUCCCGCCACUGUUCUUUAACAUCACUUCCUUACCCCACAUCUCCCACUAUGGCCCUGGGUUUAGCCUGGCCUGCCUGUGCUUGGCUGGGUAUCCCGCUGGGCUGGCCCCCGAGGGACCCCUCUGGGAGCAGGGUUCUGUUACAGGUGGGCUGCCGCCAGCCACCUUCCGGGUGGGUUCCUGUUUGGCCCUCAUUGGUUCUUACCAGUGAUGCUUGGCCCUGGCCCUGGCCCUGGCCCUCCCCUCCCUCCACCCCACCCACCCACCCACACACUACUAGGCCAAGGCUGCAAGCGCCAUGCUCCUCCCACCCCUCC